AUGGCGACAGUUGUCCAUAUCGUCAUGUUUAGAUUUCGACCUGAAAUUACACACGAGCAUAAGGAGGUUUUUCAAAGAGAAUUGAAGAAGUUGAAGAGACUAUCUUGUGUCAAGGAUCAUCAUUUAUUAGUCGGUGGUCCUUCGGUGACCGAUCCCAUAUCACGAAGCCAGGGCUACCAAUAUUGUCUUGUGAGCUACCAUCACAAUUUGAAAGCAUUAGAAGAGUAUCAGGCCAGUACUGAGCACCAUGAGGUGACAAACAAGCUCGUGUGGCCUUUUAUAGAUAAUGUUUGCAGGUUUGACUUUGAAGUUUCAUCAGAAGACGAACAUAUGGUUUCCAAUGUGAUGCGAGGAUCUGAGGAAGGAAACUUGAUCAGAAAUGACUCAGGGAGCGUCACUAUUCCAACAAAGGGUCUUUUGCAGUGCAGAGGGCUCGAGUUUCCAGACUCCAACUUGACGUAUCAGGUGUUACAAGAUGCUUCCAAGGGGAAGUAUGCCGUCGGGGCCUACAACUGUUAUAAUGACGAUGGUGUUAUAGCAGUCAUCCGCGCCGCAGAGAAGAAGAAAUCACCCGCCGUCAUCCAACUGUUCCCCUGGACUUUACGUUUUCAAGGGCCUGAGUUUGUGAAAUAUGUGGUGAGUGCUGCACACUCUGCAUCGGUACCUAUUGCAGUACAUCUGGAUCACUGUAUCAAACAAGAAGACAUCGAACUCGCCCUGACACUUCCUUUCGACUCAAUCAUGAUUGAUGCGGCAACACUGGAUGAGAACGAUAACGUAGCACUGUGUGCUGAAAACGUUCGACGAGCCAGCAGAGUCGGUAUCACGGUGGAGGUCGAGAUAGGCCGAAUAGAAGGCGGUGAGGAUGGUCUUCCCAACGUGGAUCAAGGCGCCAUUCACACCGAUCCGCAGAGAGCGAGAGAGUUCAUGUCGAAAACGGGUGCUCACUUUCUCGCACCCAGCUUCGGUAACAUACACGGUGGCUAUCCUCCUGGGGGGCUGAGAAGUCGUGGGAUUUGA